UUCCCCUAGAGAAAAUCCAAGAUCACUGCCUCGCGCAAACUCUUGCUAAAGAGCUUGAUGCUGGCAAAGGCAAAGGAGGAGUGGGAUCAGGAGCUCGUUGACAAACAGGCAGAGAAGGAAAGAUACCUGUCUGAGCGCAUCACGCCACUGCACACCAGCGGGCUCUCCCUGAGCCAACUCCAGGACCUGUGCAGGGAGCUGCAUGCGAAGGUUGAAAUCGUGGAUGAAGAGAGAUAUGACAUYGAAGCAAAAUGCAACCAUAACACCCGGGAGAUUAAAGACCUGAAACUGAAAGUGCUAGACCUCCGGGGAAAGUUCAAGCGACCCCCUCUGCGGCGAGUCCGUGUCUCUGCUGAUGCCAUGUUGAGGGCUCUGCUGGGCUCCAAGCACAAGGUUUCCAUGGAUCUGAGAGCCAACCUGAAGUCUGUCAAGAAGGAGGACACAGAGAAGGAGCGCCCUGUGGAAGUGGGCGACUGGCGCAAGAACGUGGAGGCCAUGUCGGGUAUGGAGGGCCGAAAGAAGAUGUUCGACGCUGCCAAGUCCCCUACGGGCCAGUGAGAGGAGUGUCAGGCCAGGAAGAAGAGCCUCCCCGAUCCCGCUGUCUGCCUCCCUUUCCCUCACUGCCCCUCCUUGCUCCUUACGCCCCUACCCUGAAUUCACCACCGAGCUCCAUUGUGUGGACAUCUGCUUGGGAAGGAGAUUCGACCAUCUUCCUUUCCAUCCACCCUGGUUUGCAGUUGCGUGCAGGUCUUACCUUACUCGUGCAAUCAGCCCUGCUCUGGGAUGGCCCCAGCACAAGGGCUCUCAGGUGCCACAGGCGUCACCAACUCUGCCAAGGGGCUGCUGGUGCUCCUCCGCCAACUGGCACAAUGCAGGUCACCUCUUCUCACGGGCAGCUUGUGCAUGUCCAUGCUGGGCGUGCAGCUCCAAGGGACUCUCC